AUGAAUAUUGUAAUAUUAUUGUUAGUACUAACAUUUAGCAUAAAACAUAGCAAUACAUAUAAAUUAAAAAAUACGUAUAUACCCACAAAUUAUAUGUAUCAUAAUAAUAAUAAAAAUAUAUUAAGAAGCCAAAAGAGUAAAUUAUUUUUGAAUUUCCUAAGUAAUAACCAGCUAGGUAAUUCUAAUAAACAAAUAUGUUUUUUUAAGAACAAAAUAAAAAGUAAUAUAUCUAAUAUCAAUAAUUAUGAUUAUUUAAGGAAACGUAAUUUCAAUACUUCUAAUAAAAAUAAAUUAUUUUAUAAUAUAACAUUAAGAACAAAUGAUGGAGAAAAACAAAUCGAAUGUAAUGAAGAUGAAUAUAUAUUAGAUGCUAGUGAAAGACAAAAUGUUGAAUUACCAUAUAGUUGUAGGGGAGGUAGUUGUUCUACAUGUGCAGCAAAACUAGUAGAAGGAGAAGUAGAUAAUGAUGAUCAAAGUUAUUUAGAUGAAGAACAAAUAAAAAAAAAAUAUAUUCUUUUAUGUACAUGCUAUCCUAAAUCGGAUUGUGUAAUUGAAACACACAAGGAAGACGAACUACACGAUAUGUAA